UCAGACGGACUUUUUCCAACCAACUAAAAAGAGAGCACCGGCGGUAUCAGGAACAUCUCAGUCUUCAGGGGAAAAUGGAUGUAGCGACGGGAAGGAACGGUUGUGGAAGAUGAUGUCUUGGAAUGUCGCAGGACUAAGAGCUUGCGCAAAGAAAGAAGGUCACAAGUCUAUUGUGUCUGAGUCUGCGGACCUGGUUUUCUUGGGUGAAAUAAAGUGCAAUGAAUGGCCCGUAGACCUUGAGAGCGCAUUCAAGGGUUACCACAAGACGCUAGUGACUUCGAAAGAGAGGAAAGGAGGAUAUGCAGGUGUGGCUUUGCUUAGCAAGAUCGAACCAUUAAAGGUAUGGAAAGGAAUCGGGGAUGACUUAUUCGAUAACGAAGGUCGCUUGAUUAUUGCGGAAUUUAAUCACUUCUACUUCAUUGGUGCUUACGUACCCAAUAGUGGACGUGGCCUAGUUAAUCUUGAAAAGCGUGGUAAAUGGGAGGAAUUGUUCUUGGAUAAGAUAAAGAGUCUGGAUAAAAAGAAGCCAGUCAUCUAUACCGGUGAUCUGAAUGUGGCCCAUAAUGAAAUUGAUCUGGCGAACCCCGAAUCGAAUAGAAAUAAGACUGCUGGGUUUACAGACCAAGAGCGUGGCUGGUUCACCCGACUUCUAAGCGCAGGAUUCAAGGACACGUACCGUGAGAUCCAUCCAGAAAAACAGGAGUAUACCUUUUGGACGUAUACGGGAAAUGCUCGUGCUAAGAAUGUUGGAUGGCGCCUUGACUACUAUGUAGUGAGCGAGAGGAUUUUCAAGAAGGUGAAGUCAAGCGAGAUUCGAGGAGAUGUGAAUGGAAGCGACCAUGCUCCAGUAGUGCUUGAAAUCAGUGUGUGA